CUUGGAUUUCUCCUCGGUCGACUGAGUUGGUUGCACAACAUCGCAAACGUUUUUCCAUCCGCCAUUGUGAGACUAGUCCUACUUCGCUAGCGAGGCGCUCGCCUUUUGUCACAUCCUUUUAAUUUCUUAACUAUAUCAACUAGCAAAUACAUAAUGGCUUCAGACUCCUGGGCCCAGGCGGUUGACGAGCAAGAGGCGGCGGCGGCGGAAUCGAUUGGCAGCCUUCAAAUAAAAGAGAAGCCUGAGGAAAACGGCACACCGUCACUGUCAGCAGAAAGUGCAGCUGAAAACUCAGAGGCUGGAGGAGAUAAGAAGACUACAGAAGAAGAUGACACUGGUGUUGAUGACAAAGCAGCUCAGUCGUUGUUGAACAAGCUGAUCCGUAGUAAUCUUGUCAACAACACUAAUCAAGUAGAAGUUCUUCAAAAGGAUCCUAACUCUCCGCUCUUCUCUGUGAAGUCCUUUGAGGAGUUACGACUCAAACCACAGCUCCUUCAAGGUGUCUAUGGCAUGGGAUUUAACCGGCCAUCCAAAAUCCAGGAGACUGCCUUACCCAUGAUGCUAGCUGAACCUCCACAGAAUCUGAUUGCCCAGUCCCAGUCAGGAACAGGCAAAACAGCUGCCUUUGUUCUCGCCAUGCUCAGCCAUGUUAAUCCUGACCACAAGUAUCCCCAGUGCCUGUGCUUGUCACCCACCUACGAGCUGGCGCUCCAGACUGGUAAAGUCAUUGAGCAGAUGGGCAAAUACUAUCCUGAGGUCAAGUUAGUCUAUGCCAUCCGAGGAAAUAAACUACAGCGAGGCGUGAAGUUGCAGGAGCAAAUAGUCAUCGGCACACCUGGCACCAUGUUGGAUUGGUGCAGCAAGUUGAAGUUCAUAGAUCCCAAGAAGAUCCGGGUGUUUGUGCUGGACGAGGCUGACGUCAUGAUCGCAACACAAGGUCACAAAGACCAUAGUAUCCGGAUUAAGAGGAUGGUGCCCAAUAACUGCCAGAUGUUGUUGUUCUCAGCCACAUUUGAGGAGACCGUGUGGGACUUUGCCAAGAGCAUCGUGCCCGACCCCAACAUCAUCAAACUGAAGCGAGAGGAGGAGACCCUGGACACCAUCAAACAGUACUAUGUGUUGUGUAACACCAAGGAGGAGAAGUUUGAAGCCCUGUGCAAUAUCUACGGCGCCAUCACCAUCGCCCAGGCCAUGAUCUUCUGCCAUACAAGGAAGACUGCAGGCUGGCUGGCAGGGGAACUUUCCAAAGAGAACCACCAGGUAGCACUGCUGAGCGGGGAGAUGCAGGUGGAGCAGAGGGCUGCAGUGAUCGAACGAUUCCGAGACGGGAAGGAGAAGGUUCUUGUCACCACAAAUGUCUGUGCUCGAGGUAUUGAUGUGGAGCAGGUAUCGGUGGUGAUCAAUUUUGACUUGCCAGUCGACCGGGAUGGUAACCCAGACAACGAGACGUAUCUCCACAGGAUCGGCCGCACGGGCCGAUUCGGCAAAAGAGGGUUGGCCAUCAACAUGGUGGACAGCAGGAUGAGUAUGAACAUCCUCAACAGAAUCCAGGAUCAUUUUAAUAAGAAAAUUGAAAAGCUGGACACUCAUGAUCUGGACGAAAUAGAGAAGAUCGCCGGCUAAAAUAAAGGUUGGACUUUUCUUAUUCACGCAACAACGACACACUUCGUGACCAUUGUGAGAGAUAAAUACACCACUCAAGUGCAUUAUUUAUACAUAUGAUUUUUCUUAUUGAUGAUCUCAAAUAUCGGGCUGAAUAGGACUUAGUGUUUUCAAUAAGGAAUUCUCUUGAGACCAAUGCUGAUUUGAGGGAUGUACCACACGGUCGUAACAAAAGCUGACAUGUCGGCCUUUGAAAUGAUACAAAGUGUGAUUGAUUUAUCCAUUGGGUCACUUCUGAGAAGUGCAAAAUAAGACCCACAUUCAACUUUAAUGGACAUCAAUUGUUCAAAGUGGGUUACUUAAAAGAGUUGCGGGUGUGAGUGAACCUUCAACAAACCUCAUUUGACCAUGGUGGUGGUCUGCUUUUAUUCUAUUCACUGUUUACGCUAGCAGGAUUAUCUGUGAACUCUUUUUAGGUGAGGAAAGUAUGCAGUUUUAUUGGCAUGUAUACUUUGUGAACAACUGUCUUCAUGGUAGACAAACCUUUGCUAGUGUUACACUCCUUGUUUUGGUAUGACAAGACACACCUAUACGUGUAGCGAGGAUGCACUCGUGUAUGCUUUUAGUAGCAAUGAAACAUGUUUAUCUGUGUCCUAAAACACAUGCAGUAUUAACCAAUAAAGUGGCGUAUACACUUGAAAGAA